AUGGAGGUCGACGAGGAUGCUCACGCGCCGGAGGAGGUGGCUUUGCCGCUUCGGUCACCGCGACGGUCCAGAUCACCGCAGAGGUCACGGUCAUCGACUCCAAUACCUCAGCAGGCGUCGUCCCCGCCCCAUGUGAGCCUGGUCGCCGCCGCCGAACUGCACGAGAACCAGCGAUGGAAGCCCACGAGCCUCCACCCCGGACCAGCUUUCAAGACAAUUGAGUGGUCCGCCGACGGAACGACUGUCAUUGCGUCGACAGCCUCCAAGUCGAUCCUCAGCUACGUCCUGCCCACCGACCUCCUUGAACCGCAAAAGGACGACGCCGACAACAACGACAGCGACAGCAACAAACACGCCUCCUCCCCUUACACACCUCGCCAUCACACCCUCACUUGCCAUGGGCGGCUCCGUUUUGGCAUCACACCCUCUGCUCUCGCCCCAGCACCCUACUUCUCCCUCGCCGAGCCCUGGUCCCAGUCCGUCCUCAUCGGCUUUCGUGACCGGCCCAUCCAGCUGUAUCCUCUCUUUCCAGGGGACGGUGACAGCAGCGACGACGACAGCAGUGGCGAAGACGAUGUAUACACCCGUCCCACUACCCCGCUCGCCUCCUACUCCCUCGUCAAGCACGAAACCGAGGCCUACCUCCCGCCCAUGGCCUUGCUCUGGUCCGCCCCCGGCACCCACUUUGUCGUCGGCACCAAAAGCCUGCUGGCCCUCUUUGACGCCAGUCGCACCGGGAACGACCCACCCCUCCUGCGCGUGCCUACCGUGAUGCCAACCGGCAGUGGUUUCUCGCUGGGGCUGCGCGGCACGGUGUCGGCACUGGCGGCCGGCACGGGCGUCUCGCAAAACCUGACGGCGGCCGGGACGUGGACCCGCGGCAUUGGGCUGUACGACCUGACGCGGGCAGGCACCUGUACCGCCCACUGGAAAGUCAGUGCCGACUCUGGCGACGCCGCCGGCGACGGCGUCGUGCAGACGCUGUGGAGUCCCUGUGGCCGCUACCUUGUCGUCAACGAGCGCAAGUCCAGCGGGCUGCUCGUGUACGACAUACGAGGCUCCGGCAAGCUCCUUUGCACGCUCGCGGGACGGUCGGCCCGAGUCAGCCAGCCCAUACGGGCGACGGUCUACGAGUCAAGCCACGCCAAUGGCUUCGAGCUGUGGUCCGGCACCGACCACGGCGCCGGCGUCCUGUACGAGGGCGUCGGAACACGAGACGGUGUCGUCGACCCCUCGUGGCAGUGGCAGGCCCACUUGCGCAGCAUGGUAGGCGGCACUGCGAUGCACGCGAGCGGGUCGGUGCUGGCGACGUGCGCGUCGUCACCGCCGGUUCCUGACGACGAUGAAGGCGGUGGCGAAGACAGCGACGACGACGACGACAGAGACGUUGAGAGCAAUGAGAGUGACGACGACUCGGUCGAUGACAGUGAAACAUCGUCUGCCGAUUCCAAUGUGCCAAGUCGCGCUGCUCGUUCACGAACGACAGUGUCUGAUCCCAGCAUCAAGAUAUGGAGUUUGGUACCAUUACAAGAUUAUGAUGGAGGCUCGUGA